UGCUGCUGGCGUCAGCGCAGCCGGGAGAACAGGCAGGGAGGGGAGCGCUGCGCCCGCCCCCUCUCGCGCCUCUUCCUCCUCCUCCUCCUGGGCCUCCUUCCCCCGCCUCCCCGCGCGCUCCUCCCCGCAAGGUUGACGUGAGUGAAUCCACAUGGUACAGGGGCUGGAGAAUAAAGAGUGUGGAGUUGAACUCGUGCCAUUGUAGUGACUCAUCUCGGGCAGAGCACAGGGGCUCCGAGCGAACCAGCGAGCAAGUGAGCGGCGCUCGGCGGGGACCGAGGGAGAGAGAGACGCGGACGGGCGAAGCGGGCCUGUCCAGGAGCGGGCGCCCGGGGAAGGGGUGCAGGUCCAGUCGCCCGAGCCGCGGUGCCGGGAGCGGGGCCGCGUCCCUCUCAGCUUUGAAUCCCACGGGCUACGGGACGGUCGCAGGCUGCCUUCUCCCAAUCCAGUGUCCGAGCCGCUCCGAAACUCCGGCGGCGCGUUGGCCACAGGAAGUUUAUUUUCAGUGUCUUUUCUAAAAGGAGGAAAUAGAAGUUUCUCCAAGCGGGCAGCCUUUCUCUUCGCCUUAUUUUGCCCUGCCCGAAAUCGGGGGGUCCGCAGACCGGGCUGCUGGCGUGACUCGCCGGGCUCCCAUUCUUUUCUAAUUUCCAAUUUUUGAUAGAACCGGCGGUCCCGGCUGGGCUCCGACUGCGCGCGGGGGCGGGAGGGCGCGCGCGCAGGGGAGGGACCGAGGGACGCGCCGACUUCUUAGAGGGAGGGACUGGGUCCCGCGGCGCCGGUCGAGCAGGAAAGAAGUGCGGCGCCCGGCGCUCAGGGGCCACUGUUCCCGGGUGUCGCCGCCUCCCGGUUCGUGCCGCCGCCGUGGGGGAGAAGCCGGGGAGCGGAGACUACAGCCCAGGCGCAGCCCGCGGGGAGCGAGCGCGCAGCAGCCGGUGCGCGGCCGCGGCAAGGGCGGGGAAAGAAAGGCACCCUGUUUCCGCUCGGGCCCCCACCGCGGAUCAUGUACCAGGAUUAUCCCGGGAACUUUGACACCUCGUCCCGGGGCAGCAGCGGCUCUCCUGCGCACGCCGAGUCCUACUCCAGCGGCGGCGGCAGCCAGCAGAAAUUCCGGGUAGAUAUGCCUGGCUCCGGCAGUGCCUUCAUCCCCACCAUCAACGCCAUCACGACCAGCCAGGACCUGCAGUGGAUGGUGCAGCCCACGGUGAUCACCUCCAUGUCCAACCCGUACCCCCGCUCGCACCCCUACAGCCCCCUGCCGGGCCUGGCCUCUGUCCCUGGGCACAUGGCCCUCCCGAGACCCGGCGUGAUCAAGACCAUCGGCACCACUGUGGGCCGCAGGAGGAGAGAUGAGCAGCUGUCCCCUGAAGAGGAGGAGAAGCGGCGAAUCCGGAGGGAAAGGAACAAGCUUGCCGCUGCCAAGUGCCGGAACCGCCGUCGGGAGCUGACGGAGAAGCUGCAGGCGGAGACGGAGGAGCUGGAGGAGGAGAAGUCGGGCCUGCAGAAAGAGAUCGCCGAGCUGCAGAAGGAGAAGGAGAAGCUGGAGUUCAUGCUGGUGGCCCACGGGCCCGUGUGCAAGAUCAGCCCAGAGGAGCGCCGGUCGCCCCCGGCCUCCGGGCUGCAGCCCCUGCGCGGCGGCGGCGUGGGCGCCGUGGUGGUGAAGCAGGAGCCCCUGGAAGAGGACAGCCCCUCGUCCUCCUCGGCGGGGCUGGACAAGGGCCAGCGCUCUGUCAUCAAGCCCAUCAGCAUCGCCGGGGGCUUCUAUGGGGAGGAGCCCCUGCACACCCCCAUCGUGGUGACCUCCACGCCUGCCAUCACUCCGGGCACCUCGAACCUCGUCUUCACCUACCCCAGCGUCCUGGAGCAGGAGUCGCCCGCCUCGCCCUCGGAGUCCUGCUCCAAGGCUCACCGCAGGAGCAGUAGCAGCGGGGACCAGUCCUCAGACUCCUUGAACUCCCCCACCCUGCUGGCUCUGUAACCAGCGGGCCGGGGGUCCUCAUCGCUGCCUCCUCCCCGGGGACCGGCACCUUCCAGCGCUCCGGGGCUGCGAGGGCACGAGGGGGCCCUGCCAGCGAGCUUCCUGGCUCUGGGACUGAGGAGGCACGGGCAAGAGGCGCUGGAGGACCAACCUGGGUGAUCUCUGAGAAGUCCCGGAACCUCCUCCCUCGUCCACCUGGCAAAGCAAAUCCUGUUUCUUGAAACGCCUUGGAGAACGGAGUGGGCGCCGGGCAUCUCUCUGGCUUCUGACGCGCCUGAAGCUGGUGUGGACCAUUCCUGUGCCGUGGUUACGCAGCGUCUCUGGAGUGAGGGUGCCCUUCCCUGCCCACCGAGCAUGCCCGUGGCCUUUCGGUAUCACCUUCCCUCCAUUUGCCACUUCUGCUCCCCACCCACCCCCACCCCCCCAGUGUCAAUUUCACUUCCUCUUGGUUUUUAUCCAAUUUGCCACGACAUUUCAUCUGGGUGGUCUAACUAUUAAAACUUCGUUUCUGGAGACGUGGCAGCAGGUGGCUCUCCUGCUGGGGCGGACUUGUCCAGAGGGGACAAUGUGCAAUACGGAACCUUCCUCCCCCGACACUCCCCGUCACUACCGGCUCCGGAGGCCCCGGCAGAGCUCCGUGGGCCCUGGAGGAGACGCCCCGGCCUGGGGAGGCUCAGGACCGUCCUCCCCACCAUCGGAGACGUCCCCCGGCUCUCCGCGGAGCGGCUUGGCCAGAAGACAGGGCGUGAGGGAGACAGCCAGGGCACAGGUUGUGUUUGCCAAAUGCCUAAUUAACAGGCCAGGAAUAGUGCCAACUAGCCACACGGUGUUCUCGCCGGCUUCCUUCACCUGGUGUCUUGAGCAGGACGUCUCCUGUAAUUACUGCCUCGCCUCUCUGCCCCUGGACCCUUCUCUGCAGACCAGGGAGGUGUCCCUCCCUCGGAACCACACGUCACUCCUUGUCCCAGCGGCUCUGCCCUCCCCACCCUGGCUCUUAGGGUGACGCCACCACAGAGGUUUAAUGAGCUUGGGCCUGGACCCUCCCCAGGUGGCUGCAGGUGGCCCCUCCCCAGGCUUCAAAGGCGCCUUCACUGUGGAUGGAAGGCAGGGGAGGGAGGAGGCGGCAGCGGAGUGGGGUUUGCCUCACCCCCGCCCGGGUACCCGGCUUGCCCUGUCCUGGCUGCUCAUCACUCUGAAGUGCCCAUGGCCAUUGGAUGGGUCAAGUGCGGGUCAAGUGCUUUCUCUUUAGACUCCCCAUCCCCCUGACCCCAGUGUGUUCCUCGGGUCCAACGGCUGGCCCAGAGCGGUUGCUAUGGCUUAACGGCUUGUGCCCCAUUCCCGGGGCCGGCCGCUGAGAUGCGAGAUCAGAUGAGAUGCUCUCCCUGCCAGACAGCUGCCCCCUUCCCACAGGGGGAGGGGAGGGAAGCUCCCUCUGGCCCUGAAGAGCAAAGCUCAGCGUGGCCCCUGCCUCCCACCCGCCCAGCCUUUUUCUCACAGCCUCUUUGGCCUCUGCUGGGCUGGCGCUCCGAGGGAGCCCGGCUGUCCUGACCCAGCUCUGGAGAUUAUUGUGUGAUAAUUUAAACUGUUUCGCAGUUGUUUAAAUCAAACCCGGUGGGGGGUCAAAGGAGAGGGCAGUGGCACUGGGAGCACACCUGUUCCUUCACACACCUGGGCCUCUGCUGGUCAGUUUCAUGUCUGUCACCUACUAGACACAAGAGUGGGAUGGUGCGUGCUUAGGAUACACCGCCCGCUGGGACUGGAAGCCGCGUGUGGAAGGAGACGCCUAGAGAAAAGGGGUGUUUUCUGAACACACUUUACAGAUGCCGUUUCCCACAUCCCUUGUCUGUGACGCUGCCCUGCAGUUCCAGAGGCUGUGGGAGGGGUGUGCCUAAUUAGAAGGGGCAGGAGGGGUUCCGGCUUCAGGUUAAUCAAAAGAAGAAGCCGGCCAGGGGAAGCCCAGCUCGGAGGAGCUUCAUCAUCUCAACUGGUGUUUGUGGCCAAGUGGGAGCUCUUAGCCUCUCUCUCUCUCUCUCUCUCUCUCUCUCUCUCUCUCUCUCUC